AUGGCUUCCUCGCAGGAUGCUUGGUAUUUAUCAUUAUUAGGGUUAGCCGAAAAUUUUAGAACUUCAAGUCCUCCGAACAUCAAAUUGUGCAUUCAGUGUUUACAAGCAGUAUUUCAUUUUAAACCUCCACCUAGAGUUGAAGCUAGAACACAUUUACAACUUGGAAAUAUACUUUUAACCCAUACCAAAAAUGUUGAUUUGGCAAGGAGCCAUUUAGAACAAGCUUGGCUUCUCUCGCAGAUUAUAAAUGCCUUUGACGAUGUUAAAUUUGAAGCAGCGAGUGUUUUAGCAGAACUGUACGAGCAACAGAAUCAAUCAAACCUAUCGAAACCAAUAUUGAGGAAAGCCAUCGAACUGUCGCAACAUAGUAUAUACUGGCAUUGUCGAUUAAUAUUUCAACUAGCUCAAAUUCACGCUACUGAGAAGGACUAUGAGCUGGCGAGCAGUCUAUUGGGUGUUGGCGUCGACUACGCUCACAUCUCUCAGGCACAUUAUACCAGAGUUUUGUUCCUACUCAGCAGGUGUAUGCUGAUGUUGAUUGACAAGAAAUUUCUCGAAGUUUUGCCAUUGCUGAACCAAGCCGGACACUUGGUUGACAACUGGACUGGCAACCAGCAUCAGAAGGAAUACCUCAAAGUUUACUUCCUUGUUCUGCAGGUAUGCCACUACUUGAUGGCAGGCCAGGUCAAGAGUGUAAAGCCAUGUCUAAAGCAGCUACAGCAGAGCAUCCAGACUAUCAUGAUGCCUUCCUGGCCCACGGACGAUGUUGUGAGUGGUGCCAACCCAGGGGACAUGUUUAUAUGGAUGCCCAAGGAACAUCUGUAUGUGCUCGUCUACUUGGUGACAGUGAUGCACAGCAUGCAGGCUGGCUACAUGGACAAGGCGCAGAAGUACACGGAAAAGGCACUCAUGCAGAUCGAGAAACUCAAGAUUGUGGACAACAAGCCGAUCCUCUCCGUGUUCCAACUGAUGCUGCUGGAGCAUAUAGUGAUGUGUCGACUGGUGAUGGGCAACAAGACGCUGGCGCUCCAGGAGAUGGCGCAGGCGUGCUCACUGUGCGAGUCACAACCCAAACUGCUCCAGAGUCAUCGGCCGCAGCUGCACACUCUGCUGGGACUGUACGCCAUGAGCAUGAACUGUAUGGAGGCAGCCGAGGGACAGUUCAUGGCCGCACUCAGGUUAUCACAAGAGCGAGAUCUGUGGACGUUUGCCAACCUCAACUUGGGCAUUGUGUAUCUCCGAGGCAAACGUGAGAUGGAGUUUUCCAACCUGCUUGAGAGGAUAAACCCAGAGACGUUGCCUUCUCACUCACACAGUUUGCGGGCGGCCGCAUACUACGUGCAGGGACUACAGUCGUUCUUCCUGGCCAGAUACAAUGAGGCCAAGAGGUACUUGAGAGAAACGUUGAAGAUGGCGAAUGCUGAGGACUCGAAUCGCCUAACCUCGUGUACUCUGGUGUUGCUGGGACACAUAUUCUUAUCAUUGGGCAAUAGUCAGGAGAGUAUGAACAUGGUGACUCCAGCCAUGCAGUUGGCCAGUAAGAUACCUGACGUGCAUGUGCAGCUAUGGGCGUCAGCAAUAUUGAAAGACUUGUACCGAAUGUGUGGAGACCCAGUGAGAGAGAACGAGGCCUACCAGAUGCAUUGCAACUUCUCCCAGAUGCUGUUGAAGGACCACUUCCAGUCGUCACAGAUGGCCGAACACAACCUCAUCUUCUGGCUGGAGGGUAGCUUCCCUCUCCUGGCCACCAAUCCGCCCUCCACCUCCACGCAGCUCGGUAUAUGAGCUCGCUAGACUAGAGAAGUCACCGCACUAGUCCUCGUCGAUUGCAGUUUUAAAUAGUUGUAUAUUCUAUAUAGAGAAUUUGUAUAUAACCCUGUGUGACAGGCGUGUAAUAUGAUUUAGUUUUAUCUGUUGGACUGAUUAGAAUGUCAGGCUUUAAACCAUCUCUUGGACGAAUCGUUUUCUCAAUUACUGACAAAGCAUGAUCAAGCUUUUUAAUCCCUGCACCCGUUUUGACUAUUUUUUAAAUCAAAGUUUAGUGAAAUUCGAGCGCUUUGUGUUAGGUUCAUUUCUGUUUGUGUGUGUUCGAUCAAACAAACAAGUCACAGAGUUUUUUUGAAGCUCUGUCGACUUUACAAUUAAAUAACUUCUUGAUCAGCAUUGUACGUGUUGUUAAAUUUACAGAAAGUAAAUAAAAGGAACGUCUUAUAACACUUGAAACAUAUAUUUACGUUUAUACUGUUACUCACAAGACGGUAAAUAUACAUAGAAGAUGGUAAGUGGUGAUCGAUGUCUAUUGGACACUCCAAUCAUCCUCAGACCCAAUAGGUGAAUGACAAGAAUCUUG